UGUCAUUUCAUGCAAAUUACAAUUCUUGACAGGAAAUAUGACCUUAUUUUGGUGUUGAAACUUGGCAUGAGAUAUGUAUAUCUAUGUAUGUAAAAACAUGUUUAGAUUUCUCCUGGGAAUUAAAUUAUUACACCCACACUUUACAACUAGUUAAAGUAGGCAGAGAAUGAAGCAAGACUUUUAUUAGUACUUAUCAUCUUAAAAUAAUUUAUUGUUAUUUGAUUAUAUUACUUGGUGUAUACAAACAUUUGAGUAACAACCACAUAAACUAAUGUAAGUUCCACCGAAUAAAACCGUUUGCUGCAUUGUAGAUUUUUUAACGUGAGUAAUAAAUUUGAAAACAAAGCUUUCUUUUUGACGUAAUAGUUCGUGCGUCAAAAUACUAAACUAAGAAAUAUUAAUUAAAAAGUACGUAAUACCUGUUACAUCAACUUUAUUAGUUUUCAUUAAACUUUGAUUCACUGAUUGUGACGUUUCCACGCAAACAGGGCUGGAUGUAGUUCAGUUUUCAAUAUUGUGUGGAUGCAGUGGGUGCAGCUCCUAAUGUUACCGUUAUCGUAUUUGCGUAUGCGAUUAAUGAUAAAAAGACUAUUAAUUUAGACAAUUGUAUUGUACGGCGUACGCAAAAUAUUGACAAUGCUUUUUAAACAAGCCGUAACCUUUGUUUUAAUUAUUUAUGGGAUCAGUCAUUUGGUCUUGGACGUUCUCUUCCGGUGAGUCGCUAUUGUCACCGCAAAAUUUUCGGUCACCUUGGUAUAAUGUUCGAAUUUGAAUCAUAUCAGCGUUUUAUUGUGAUCUCGAUCGUCCACUGCACAAACCCACUUUUCAUUAUUUUUCCAUUGUUCGAUUUACAUUUUCUUGUCAGGUAGAGUGCAAGCGUAGAACCGUCGGAUGAACUAUGAUAAAAAGUGACUUUUUGCGUGUGUAGUCUCUUCCAAAUCUGUGCUGCGUACGCUACUGCUUUAUCAACAUGCCACUGAGACAGGACUCUUGGUGGAAGCGCAAGACCAAAUUAGAACGAAAAUUGAUAGUUGUAGCUUUAGUAUCGCUAUGUUUGGCGGGAUUUCUCCUAAUAUCGCUACUUUUUUGCCAGAGAAUCCAUUCGACAUUUCUUGGAUCGGAUGAUAUCUGCCUCACCAGAGAAUGCGUUGAGACGGCAGGGGAGGUUUUUCGUAACAUGGACGAAAGCGUGGAUCCGUGUCAAGAUUUUUACAGAUUUGCUUGUGGAAACUAUAUCAAACAUUCUCUGAUAUCUAACGAUAAGACUUUUGCUAACACGUUUACGGUAAUUAAUGAUAUUCUUCAAGAACAAAUCAAAAUUUCGUUGGAGGAAGCACCUAGCGCUAAGGAACCUAAACCUUUCGUCACCGUGAAGAAGUACUACAGGGCGUGUAAAAACAAAACGUUGACCGAGCGAUAUGGGUUGGAUAUUGCACGGAAGUUGCUUAAGGAUUUGGGAGGUUGGCCUGUGUUGGAAGAGUAUUUUGAUGACUUCACCUACAACUGGAUCGACAGUAUAGGAGCACUACGUAAAACCGGUUUAUCUGUUAACAGUUUGAUAGAUAUAUCAGUUGGACUUGAUUUUAAGCAUUCCACAAAGAGACUUAUUCAGAUCGACCAACCCGGGUUAGGACUGAGUAGAGAAUAUUUAGUUAAGGGUAUCAGCGAUAAAAUAGUUAAGGCUUACUACGAGUAUAUGGUAGAUAUAGCUGAGAUGUUCGGUUGUGACAGACCUAAGGCAAGCGAAGAACUUCUCGAAUCACUACAGUUUGAAAUAAAUUUAGCAAACUUUUCCCUUUCUCAAGAAGAUCGAAGGAACAUCAGUAAUUUAUAUAAUCUUUUAACGAUACAGCAGCUGGAGGCCAAAUAUUCUCAAAUCCCGUGGCUAGAUCUUAUCAAUACUAUAAUGCCCAAAAACGUACAAGUAAAUCGAAGCCAACCAGUACUAGUAGGAGUUCCAUACUAUCUACAAUCGUUCGAAAAAUUGAUAAACUCAACACCAAAACGGGUUCAAGCCAAUUACGUAAUGUGGAGAGUAGUUAAAGACCUAAUUUCCUAUUUGAAUCAAGAGGUUAAAGACAGGGAGUUAAUUUUUAAGCACGCAAUCAACGGAAUCCAAGAAAGCCCCCCCAGAUGGAAGGAAUGUAUUGAUGAAACCACAAGUUUAGCACCAAUAGUAAUAGGCGCCAUGUAUGUUCGUAAAUAUUUUCACGUGGAGGCCAAACAGAACGCUCUUGAAAUGGUGAAGUAUAUAAAAGAACAAUUUAAAGAUAUUCUUCGGUCCAUAGAUUGGAUGGAUAGCGAGACGCGUAAGAGUGCCUUGGAUAAAGCGAACACGAUUGUAGAUCACAUAGCGUAUCCAGACGAGUUACUAGACGAUCAAAAAAUCGGACAACUAUACGAUAAGUUAGAAGUCGAUGAAAAUCAGUUUCUUUAUUCAGCUUUGAAUAUCAGCAAAUUUACGAUGGACUACACUUUGAGUAGGCUUCGGGAAGCUGUGAAUAAAACGGACUGGAAAGAACAUGGCUUUCCGGCCCAAGUUAAUGCCUUUUACCAUCCGUUGGAAAACAGCAUCACGUUUCCUGCUGGUAUCCUCCAGGGUGUUUUCUUUCACAAAGACAGACCAAGAUAUAUGAAUUUUGGGGCCGUGGGUUCAGUCAUUGGUCACGAAAUAACUCACGGUUUUGACGAUACAGGACGCCAGUUUGAUAAAAACGGCGACUUAGUGAAUUGGUGGAAGGAAGAAACGAAAAUCAAGUUUUUGGAGAAAGCGCAGUGUAUAAUAAAACAAUACAAUAAUUAUUCAAUUCCGGAAGUAAAAUUAAAGUUGAAUGGUGUUAGGACGCAAGGUGAAAAUAUAGCGGAUAAUGGUGGUGUUAAGCAAGCAUAUUUAGCGUAUAAGAAAUGGCAACGUAGUAACGCCCCGGAACCCAAACUACCUGGUUUAAAGUACGACCCGAGACAACUAUUCUGGGUAUCAGCCGCUCAAAUCUGGUGUUCCAAACACAGACCAGAAGCUAUAGCUUUACAGGUUACUGUAGACGCGCACUCUCCUGCUGAGUUUAGGGUGUUGGGACCAUUUAGUAACUCGGAAUUUUUUGCCAAAGAUUUUAACUGCCCUGUGGGCAGUAAAAUGAAUCCUGAGCACAAAUGCUCAGUGUGGUAAUAAAUUAUUUGUUACAUUUGAAAUUUUUAUUUUUAUUUUUUAAAUUUUAAUCUUGAAAUUAAAGGGGCUUGAACUGAAAUUUUAACCAUUUAUAAAAAAGUAGAACAGAAAAGCAAUCAGGUUGCAUAUUGGAAGUAAAUCGUUAUCAAAUUUAAAAAAGUUAGUCCAAGUUUUCCAUCCUGAAGUGAUCGGUUGCCACUAUGACGUCACUCACGGAUCUAGCGCAAAUUAUUGCUCUACCUUGAAGGCUACGGGUAGAAACUUGAUAUUUUCACUGAUGUUCUUUCUUUUAUUAUUUAUUUUUAUGAAAGUAAAAGGUUAAAAUAUUAGUUUAUUUAUCCUUUGAAGGUUGUGAAGUAUGAAUUGUUUUAAGAGAUGUCAAAUAAGUAAUUUUUUAAUAAAAUCUUACUAAUAACGUUUGUGUUUACAACUUAAAAACACAUUUUUUUAGAGAUCUAUGUACUAGUUUUAUAAGUAGAUUUUUACGUAAACUGCCACCCUGUAUUUUGUUAUUUGAAACCUUAUGGUGGAAUAAACGAUAUAAUAAGUUAACAGUGUUUUUCCCACAAAAACAACUCGUUUUUGAAGUAAACAUUUUUAACAGGAAGAUUUAUUGUUUAGUCUAUCCAAUAAUCAAUGAAUAAAAUUAAUUUUUAAAUCUGCACUAUCAUAUCCUAUUUGAUGAAUUCCUUCAGCCAAAAAGUUGUAGCGUCUAAGAAAAAGUGACAACUUAGUUAAUUUAUAG